CCCGCGCUCCCGCGCUCCCCCAAGAUGGCGGCGCCCUUGGCGCUGCAGCUGCAGGAGCUGCUGGACCCCCGGCCCGGGCUGCGGGACCCCGAGGAUGAUGCGGAGGAAGCUACUGUUGCUAAAGUGAUUGACAGAUUUGAGGAUGAAACCACGGAUGACAUUCUGCCUGUUGGCAAUAUCAGGAAAAGAGCUUCAGCCUCUCUCCUGGAAGCUGAUAAGAGGUACAGUGGGAAAGCCACAUCUCGGAAAGCUCUGCAGGAAGAGCUCUGGGGAGAUGCUCUGUCUGAAGAAGGAUCUGCUGAAGAAGCAUUAGAUGACUGGUACAGUGACAGUGAAGGCUCAGAAGAGGAGGACAGUGUUGGCCCUAAGGCCAGGGGGAAGCCCAGCAGUGCUGGCAGUGAGCAGGAAGAUGACUUGGAGGAUGAUGGAGAGAAGGAGCCACCUGUCAAGGCCAAGACACCGAAGUUCAGCUUCCAGAAUAUCACAGACUUCGAGAAGUUUACAGAGGGGAUGGACGAUGCAGGGAGCAGUGAAGGGGAGGAUGAAGAUGAGGAUGAGGAUAAAGAUGAUGCUGACAUGGAAGAAGGGAGUGAGGAGGAGGAGGAAUUUGGGAGUGAAAACCAGGAUGACGAAAAAGAAACCAAAGACAGCGAAGAUGAUGGGGGAGUGCUGACCUUCUCCAGAGGACAGGAGUCUGAAGAGGUGGAGAAGGGCAAAGCUGUGAGGAACCAGCUAGCCCUGUGGGAUCAGCUGAUGGAAGGGAGGAUCAAGAUGCAGAAGGUGCUCAUGACAGCCAACAGGAUGCCCCAGCCAGACACCUACCCCAGGUUCAGGAAGGAGGGGGGCCAGGAAUUUGACAACGCUGUGGAGAACUGUUGUAAAGCCCUGGAGGCCUUGCUGAAAGUGCUGGUGGAACUUCAGGAUGAGCUGCUUUAUCAGUACCCAGGCACAAGGCAUCUGGUCGAUGGAAAGCAAGCAAAAACUGAGAGUGAGGAUGAAAUCCCGAGCAGCAGCGAUGAGGAGCCAGUGGAGAAGGUUCAGGAGAAGAGGAGGAGCCUCCCCAAACGGAAGCUGAAGUUUGAGGAGUACCCUGAGUUCAUAGCCAAGCGCUACAAGGACUUCAGGACCUACAGGAACAGCACCCUGCAGAAGUGGCAUGACAAGACAAAGCUGGCAAUGGGCAAAAUGGGGAAGGGCUUCGGAGCCUUCGAGCGCUCGGUGCUGGCGCAGAUCGAUCACGUCCUGCUGGACAGGGAGCGAUUGCUGCGGCGCACCCAGACCCGCCGCUCCCUCUACACCGUGCUGGGCAAGCAGGAGCAGCAGCCUGCCCCAGCCCCUCAGCCUGGGCCUGACAACUCGGAAGUCCUCCCUCCCUCAGAUUCCAACAGGCACCUGAAGGACAUCGAUGAGGAGAUAUUUGAUGAUGAUGACUUUUAUCACCAGCUCCUGCGAGAGCUGAUCGAGCGUAAAACCACUUCCCUGGACCCCAACGACCAGGUGGCCAUGGGCAGGCAGUGGUUGGCCAUCCAGAAGUUACGGAGCAAAAUAAAGAAGAAAGUGGACAGAAAAGCCAGCAAAGGAAGGAGAAUCAGGUACCAUGUCCACAGCAAGCUGGUGAGCUUCAUGGCACCUAUUGACCAGUGCACAAUGAAUGAUGAUGCCAGGACGGAGCUUUAUCGGUCGCUGUUUGGAAAAGUCAGGAACGGAGAAGAGCUGGAGCAGAAUUAGGACCUGGGGUUGAGCUCCUGGUGUUCUCCCAGCUGGUUCUGCCCUCAGCUGCUCCCUCAGGCUGCCCAGGAGCAGAGCCAGCUCUCUCCAGCCUCUGCUUUGUCCCUAAAAUCCUCCCUGAAGGAGCAUCAAACCCUGUGAAGUCAGAGAAAAGAGUGAGCCUGGCUGAACACCCCCUGACCAGCCUGGAGUGCUUCCUCCCGAAGACAAUCCAUUUUUAACUAUUCCCUUUCAAUUCCUGACCUUGAUUUUGCAUCCUGGGCACAGUGUGGGGGAGGGACACGAUCCAUCCCCCCCUGGUUGUGUUAAAACCUUGGAGAUUUGGGGGCUGGGGGGGUUCAGUGCCCUGUUCUGGUGCUUGGCUGCAUAUUGGGAGUGUGUGAAUUCAUUUUUCACCAGUCAAGAGGAUUUAAAUGUCAUUUCCAUAAUUAACAUGGCCUUAAAACAGAGGAAAGGUGCUCCUGUGCAGGCACCAGGGCUCCCAGUUCCCAUUCUGGUUGCUGAGCACACACAGGGACGUUUGCUGCUCCUGACACGGGAUGUGCCAGGAUGAUGCUGCUGGGGAAGCUCCCAGGGACCUCUCCAGCACGGGCAGGGUCCCAGCCUGGGACAGGUGAGGGGUGUGGGGGCUUUGCAGUAAAUCCCCAUGAAGGGAAUUUGGGAGCUGCCCUGAUCCAUCAGACCUGGGAUUUCUCUGGUGUCACUGAUUGCCACGCCUUGUGCCAGAGUUACCCCGUCCCUGGCUGGGCUUUGGGCUCCAAUUUGGGUAAUUAAAGAGGUUUGUGAGCUGCUUGUCCCAGUGUGAUCCGUGCAGGAAUGGCCCCAGGAUCCCUCCUGCCCUAUGGGAACACAUCAGGGUUCCUUCAGAAGGCCAGAUGCCAGGUGAGGAUUGACUUUGGGUGGAGCAGAGCUUUCAGGGGUGAAUAAAUCUCUGCUCCCUCCAAGAGGAGCUGCAGCUCCCAGGAAAAGGCAUCGAUUUCCCUUCCCUCUCCUCCCUCCCCAGCUCUGGCCAGGCAGAAAAGCAGCAGGAUUUCAGGAUUUCAGGAGCCACUGGUGACCGUGGGGGGGAUGUCAGUGUCCCCCAGAGCCCAUCCCAGAGCUGCGGUCCCUGCCCCAGCUGUGCCAGCCUCCCCUGCCUCUCCCGUGUCCUCUGCAGCCACAGCUCCGGGGCUCUCGGUGCUUUUUGCUGUUCUGUUUCUGGCUGUAAUGUUAAAAGGGUAAUUCCAACCACUUUAAAUGCGAUAACUUCUCGCCAGCAUUGUUGGAGGAGAUAAGAGCCCGAGCCGCGCUAAGCACGGCUUUGGAAUUCACUUAUCAGUGUGGAAGCAGCCGGUUCUCCAUCCCCAUCCCUGCCAGCACCUGGGCUGGGGACAUGGGGACAGCCUGGGCUGGGGACACGGGGACAGCCUGGGCUGGGGACAUGGGGACAGCUGGGGCC